CAGCGCGGAAGGCGAGCGGAAGCCGCGGGGGCUCUUGGGCGGUCGGGGGCGGAAGCGGCCGGUGGCGUCAGACACCUGCGUCAGACACCUACCUCAGCCAUGCCGGGGGACCACCGCCGCAUCCGCGGGCCCGAAGAGUCGCAGCCUCCCUCGCUGUACGUGGUGCGGUCGGGGCCCGACGACGACGACGAGGACCAGGAUGACGGAGAGGGGCGGGCGGCGGGGCCCCGGGACCCCGCGCGGCUAAGGCCGGUGUACGCGCGCGCCGGGCUGCUGAGCCAGGCCAAGGGCUCGGCCUACCUGGAAGCCGGCCGCACCAAAGUGCUGUGCGCCGUGUCCGGGCCGCGGCCGGCGGAAGGCGAGCGCGCGGGAGCGGCGGCGGGCGGCGCGGGCGGGCGCCUGGUGUGCGAGUUCCGGCGGGCGCCCUUCUCGGGCCCGCGGCGGCGGCGACCCCCGGGCCCGGGCCCGGCUGGCGGCGGCGGCGGCGGCGCGGAGGACCGCGAGCUGGCGCUGGCGCUGCAAGAGGCCCUGGAGCCGGCCGUGCGCCUGAGCCGUUACCCGCGCGCGCAGCUCGAGGUGUCGGCCCUGCUGCUGGAGGACGGCGGCUCGGCCCUGGCCGCCGCGCUCACGGCCGCCGCGCUGGCGCUGGCCGACGCGGGCGUCGAGAUGUACGACCUGGUGGUGGGCUGCGCGCUGAGCCGCGGCCCGGGCCCGGCCGCCGCCUGGCGCCUGGACCCCACGCGGCGCGAGGAGGAGCGCGCCGCCGCCCGCCUGACGGUGGCGCUCAUGCCCGUGCUCAACCAAGUGGCCGGCCUGCUGGGCAGCGGCGAGCCCGGCGCGGCCGAGAGCUGGGCCGACGCCGUGCGCCUGGGCCUCGAGGGCUGCCAGCGCCUCUACCCGGUGCUACAGCAGUGCCUGGUCAAGGCCGCGCGCCGACGGGGGCCGCCCGUCCCCGGGGCCCCCGCCCCGGCCGCCGAGACCCCAGCCACUGAGGCCCCCGCCCCCGGGGCCGCGGCCACUGAAAUCCCCGCUGCGGCCCCUGAGACCCCGGCCGCGGCCGGAGACCCUGAGGCCUGAGCCCCGCCCCUUCCCCAUCUCACUUCUCACCACCACCCCCGCCCUGAGCUCGAGAUCGGGGCCGAACCCAUUCCCCCCUCGAUCUCACCACCGCCCGACCAGCCCCCAGCCCCGGGGACCCCCCCCUCCCGAGCUCAAGAGCGGGGACCAGACUCAUCGCCACCAUCCCCACCCACCAAAGAGCUCGAGAUGGGGGGGGGGGCCACACCACCCACCCACCGGCAUCUUCCCCCGCCCCUGCAGAGCGAGAUCGGGGGACUACACCCACCCCCACCUCGAUCUCGCCACCACCCGACCCACCCCAGCCUGGGACCCCCGAGUUCGAGUGGAGGAUCCACCCACACCACCACCGCGUGACCCGCCAUAGCCUGGGGACCCGCACCUCGCCUGCCAUCGGACCAGACUCUCCGGACUUGGGGGGCAGGCUGGGAAAGGACUGAGCACUAUGGGGGAUGGGACGCUGCACUUUGAGCCACUGAGCCAUUUGUUAUUGUUGAUGAAAAGAUUGUUUGAUGUUUUCAGA